GCAGAUUGAUGACGUCGCACCGGGCGCGCCGGCGGCGGCGGCGGGGCCGGGAUGCACCGGCGGGGGGUGGGGGCGGGGGCGAUCGCCAGGAGAAAACUGACCGAGGCCAAGUACAAGGAGCGAGGGACGGUCCUGGCUGAGGAUCAGCUGGCCCAGAUGUCCCGGCAGCUGGACACGUUCCGCUCGCACCUGGAGGCCUUUGCCAGCAAGCACAAGCAGGAGAUCCGCAGGAGCCCCGAGUUCCGCCUGCAGUUCCAGGACCUGUGCGCCACCAUCGGCGUCGACCCGCUGGCCUGUGAGCCCGGGGACACCCCAGGGUGCUGGGGGGGCCUGGGGGGCACCCCGG